AUGGAGAGAGUGGCCACAUGGAAGACGAGUAUGGAGGAGAAAAGGUUCGGAGUCAACAUGAAUAAGACCAAGGUAAUAAUCUUGGGUCCAAAUCUGGAUACCCUAAGAAGAUCAGGAAAGUAUCCAUGUGCUGUCUGUCUCAACAGUAUGGGAAGAAACUCCAUCCUCUGCAUGAGUUGCUCUAGUUGGGUGUGUAAGAAGUGUAGUGGAAUCAAGGGAUCCUUUAAGUCUGACCCGAACUACAAGUACCCUCACUGCAAUGGACUUGCUCGUCCUAUUGAUGGUAGACCCAUGCCAGAGGUAAAAGUCGGUGAGGUAAAGCUUGAAGUAUUAACAUACUUCUGCUACUGUGGUGAUAUGUUGUCAUCUGGAGAUGGAUGUGAACUUGCGGUAACAACAAGAUGCAAGUCACUAUGGGAAAAGUUCAGAGAGCUGCUUCGAAUGUUAACAAGCAAAUAUCUGCCUAUCACAACAAGAGGUCGCCUCUACUCAACCUACAUUAGACCUAUGUUACUGUAUGGCUCUGAUACAUGGGCAGUAACAGCUGCUACUCUUAAGAGGUUUCGAUGCAAUGAUAGAGUCAUGCUAAGAUGGAUCUGCCUUGUCAAACCAAAAGACAAUGUACCCAUAGAGUUUCUUCUUGAUCAGCUAGACAUCAAAGAUAUCUCAGAAAUUCUCCAGACUAGCAGGUUGAGAUGGUUUGACCAUGUAGAAUGCAGUAAAGGAUGGAUAUCAAAUAUGUGUACCCUGAAUGUCACUUGUCAUCGGGCCUUUGGGUAG